GGCGGAAGUGACGUGUCCUGUGAGCAAAGCUCUCGCCUUGACGAAGGCGAAGCGACGUCGAAGGCGAAGAGGCGGAGGGAGAGAGUGUGGGGAGGUGGAUAGCUCUGGGGCCGGAAGUGAGCGCGCCGAGGGGAGGCUGAGGAGGGGCGGCGGAAAGGAACUUUUCUUCGACAGCUGGGCGAGCGAGAGGGAGAAGCGGGCGAGCCCAGGAUGGAGUUCAACCACAUCCUGAGGGUGGCCUCGGAGCAGCAGGGGCUCAGCGCCAUGCCGAAAAGAUAUAGUUUGGCAGUAGGCCCCCCUAAAAAGGAUCCUAAAGUUAAGGGUGUUCAGUCAGCAGCUGUGAGAGCUUUCCUCAAGCGACAAGAAGAAGAACAGAAAAACAAGGUUCUUGAGGAAAAAAGAAGAAAAGAAGAACUUCUAGCUAAGCGUGUUGAAUUGAAACAUGACCGAAAAGCCAGAGCAAUGGCUUCACGGACAAAGGACAAUUUCUGUGGCUAUAAUGGAAUUCCUGUUGAAGAGAAACCCAAAAAGAGGCAGGGCCGUGGAAGCAGCUUUGAUAGGAGCCCAGAAGGAGUUGAACACAUGACAGGUGAUGAAAUGGAACAGUAUGAAUAUGGUCAGACAGAAUCUGAGCAUGAAUUAGAAGAGCAUGAAGAAAAACCAGCCAAAGCAUCAGUGAAACCAAAGGCACCUCUCAAAAGUGCACCUCCAGCAAUGAAUUUUAAUGAUCUUCUGAAAUUGGCUGAAAAAAAACAGUAUGAACCAGUUGAAAUUAAAGUAGUGAAAAAAACAGAAGAACGGCCGAUGACUGCAGAAGAACUGAGAGAGCGGGAAUUUUUAGAACGGAAAAAUCGAAAAGGGGUUGCAGUGAAAGAGAAGAGGGUAGAAAAAGAGAUGAAACCUAUAAUUGCAUCCAGUUCUUCCAAAAAAGAAAUUUUGCAAAAGGCAUUAAAAAAUGCUAAACUAGGCAGACAUUCAGCAGAUAAACAUACUUUAUCUAAAGGAAGUCUUCCCUCACACAGUGGUGGUGAUAAGAAACCCAAAGGACCAGAACUAAUUGAAAAGCAGUCAAAGCUGUCAUCUUCUUCCAAACCUAACCACAUUGAAAAAGUAAAGCCUUCAGCAACUAAGGGGUAUUUAAAAAACCCGAAGAGUAGCAGUGAGAGUAAACUUGUAUCCAGUGAGGGGGGGAGGUUAGGACCUAGUUCCCAUACUCAGGUCUUGAAAAGAACUCCAAAUGGAACUGUCAAACAACCUCCUGCUAAUGAACCUAAUCUAAAAAAAAUGGCUAACUCUAUGAAACCAGCUAAUGUGGCUUCUUCCCAGCAUGAAAAUGUGAAAAAUUCAAUUUCCAAGCCAGUAAGCAGCAGUUCAGCCACAGGAGUACCUCUUUCACAAACAAAGAGCAGUUCACGUACAGGGCCAGGGAGGCCAAACAGCAGUUUGGUUACAGGGCAUGGGUCAAAAAUUAUGGCUCCAGGGCAAACAGGAAACCGCUCAGGAUUAGGGCAGCAGAGCAGCAGCUCAAAUGUGGCAUCUGGCCGGCCAGGCAGCACCUCAGGCACAGUGUCUGGCCGGCCAGCCAGCAGUUCAGGACCAGGGCGUUCUGCCAGUAAUCAAAGUGUAGGACCUGGACGGCCAAGUUGUAGCCUGAACACUGGACUGGGAAGAAGUAGCACCUUGGGAUCAGGGCCAGGCCGGCCAAGCAGUGCUUCUCUUGGAACUCUAAAACCAAAGUGCACUGUUGUAUCAGAAACAAUCUCUUCUAAAAAUCUGGUCUCAAGGCCCAGCAGUACCCAGAUGAAUGGAAUGAGGCCAUUUCCCCAGCAAAGACCUGGAAUCUCCCCACAAGGUUUUCCAAGACCUUCUCUUCCACCUAUUACUUACAAAAGGCAAUAUGAAGAUGAUGAUGAAUAUGAUUCUGAAAUGGAGGAUUUUAUUGAUGAUGAAGGAGAGCCCCAAGAAGAAAUUUCUAAGCAUAUUAGAGAAAUAUUUGGUUAUGAUCGAAAUAGGUAUAAAGAUGAAAGUGACUAUGCCUUACGUUACAUGGAAAGCAGCUGGAAAGAGCAGCAAAAGGAGGAGGCAAAGAGCUUGAGGCUUGGAAUGCAAGAAGAUCUGGAAGAGCUGAGACGUGAAGAGGAGGAACUAAAACAGAAGAAGCAGACAAAGAAGCUAAGAACACAUUAACCCAUUUGCCAUAACUGAUUUUCCACUAUUCUUCCUUUCUCCCACAUUCUUCUACUUCUUCCAGAUUUCAGCCAUGGUUAUAUUUUGCAUAUGAGAGAGAAACUGUGUAGAGCAUGUAAACCUAGACAAUAUGACUUGGAUUCACACUAUUUCUCAGCUGGGUUUUGCAGUCAUUGGAGGACCAUGACUUGAACAGGUUGUUGUUUCCCCACCUCCCACCAGCAGUCCCCAUAAGCACUGCCCCUUCUGUUCAGGAAUAGGGGGAGGAAGUGGUGGUAGUGAGGGCUCCAAGGAGGUAGAAAGUUAGGGAAAAAAUGGCACCUCUACUUCCUUCCUCUAUCAGGAAAGCAUUCAUCGAAGCCCAGUUUUCUUACUAAAUGAAGGGAUCUUCUUUGUACAGUGGAUGUCAGGAUGCGAUUGCUGAUUUCUUGGUUUUCCCAACCCUUAUCUACCUGCCUAGAUUAUCUUUUUACAAAAUAAAAAAUGCUCUAAUGGAGGAUAUUAGUUGGAAAAAUUGAAAUGAAUGAUACUACUGCCUGAAGUAGUACAAGGAUGUCAGCAGACUACCGACAGACUAUGCACUGACUUGCAGCAAGUGGGCCUACACAAUAUGCCAGUCUGCAUUCUUAAUUUUACUUUAAAAUUGAACAGUGUCCAUAUUCUCUUCUCUUUUUAAAAAUUCAUGUUGUUCCACAUCAAGAUUUAGAAGUUGUUGGGUUUUUUUCCUGCUCAGUAAAGCAUAGAUUUAAAACAUGUAGCUGAUGUUAUUUUGAAAGCAAUAUUAACAUGUACUGUGAUUUCUGUUUGAAAAAAAAUCUGAAAAAGCAAAAAUACACUGAAAAAUCAAUAACUUUGAUUUCACAAAUUAGUAGGUGGGCCCUAUCCUCCUGCAAAUAGCUUAGUCAGCAGCACUAAGCAUGAGGAAAGAGUCAGCCACUUCCUAUUUGACAACAUAAAUCCACUCUUCCCCCUUGCUAAGCCAUCUUGCUGACUCUAGAUAUAGGACUGGGGUUUUUUUUUCCUGUCCAGAUGAAUCUGUUCUCUUGGGAAAUUGGGAAAACCUGCCCUGUUUUCCUGUGCUUUAGGUUGGAGUCUGCCUUCAGGCUCUGAGAGUUUGCUGUUUGAUCCUUUUCUCCAUUGCAGAGAGUUGAAUUGAGCUGUUUCAAUCAUGCAGAAAUGAUAUGAAUAGAAAUGGGACCAAAUUAUGAGUUUGUCUCUUAGGCCUCAAUUUCAUUGCCAAAAAUAAUUUUAAAACCAUCCUGAAACAUGCAAACUUUCUAUUUUAUGUUGUUUCUAUGGUUUGGGCCAAACUACAUUUCAAGAAUAUCUUUAGGUAUAAUUAAAAUGUAGUUUCCCCCAUUUUUAGUUUUCUAAUUGCAGAUGAGAUGCUUGUUGUGUAACCUCCAAAUACUUGCAUUGUAUAUUACAACUAGUAUUGGGCUUUUCCAGCAUAAAUGCUGAUUGGAUUGACAUUCUCUAUACCUGCUUGAGAAAACUGAUAAAUAGAUUGCUAGAAAAGAGAAAAUUUUUUAUAGCUGAUUAAAAAUGCAUUUUAUCUCUUUCUGAACCAUUGGUUACACACUGAUUUUGAGCUAUGCACUUCAAAUUAAAUGUGUCCAUAGUAAAUGUGUUUAUGUAGCAAGAGAUACAUGUUCAUUCAGUCCUACACAAUUGUACUCUGCAAUUUCAGUCCCAUGUUUUAUUUUUAUUUCUACUAAAAUCCUCCACAUUUUCAAAUUUGACAUUUGAGUAUUUGUGGAUUAAAUUGAAAUGUUAUCUCUAGGACAGUAGUGUAUAACCUGUGGCCUUCCAGAUGUUUGGGCCUCCAACUCCUAGAAACCAUAGCCAGAUUGUACAAUUGGAAUUCUGGGAGUUGAAGUCCAAAACACCUGGAGGGCCCCAGACUGUGCACCACUGCUCUAGGAAUAUCUAAGUCCCCAGUCCUCCUUUGUGGUCAAUUUCUAUUGGAAGCUUAUCUCAGUGCUAUGCUGAAAAACCUAGAGAUUCAUAGAGAGGCGUUUUUCAUUUUUACAUUAACAGAGAUUUUGUACUCCUAACCCCAGUGAAUGUGGAAGGCUGACUAUAUUUCAAGUAACACUUUUAUGAACUUAAUAUUCUUCUAAAACAAUAUAAAUUCAAUUCCAAAAACUACAAUUGAUGGAGUCUUGGCAUAACAGCCAAGCAACAUGGUAUUUUGGCAAGGAGUGGCUAGGGAUUAAAUAACUGCUGGUAAAAAUAGAUUUGUCAUAAAUAUCUGGAAAGCAUGAAUUCUGUAUUUUAAUUCUGUGUCAACACAAGAACAGCUUAGUCAGCAGAGCUGAUAUGUAAACCAUUUAAACUUUUUAGUUCAAAGAAAUGCAUAUUUUGAAAUAAAAUAGAUGGGCAUGCUGCUUACCAGGAGCUCUGAAGUUUACUGUUUUUCCUACUGCUAUUUUUCCAGAGCUGCUUUUCUAUAUAUGCCCAAACUAAUCAGUUUUGCUAUAACCAUUAUAUAUACAAAUAGGUGUCCUUCACAAGCAACCAUUUAUCAUUUUUCUCAUUCAAAGUGAUGACUGUUGGAAAUAUGGCUUAAGUUGCUAUUCAUUUUAUAGUUCUGAUGUGAAAAAUAUAGCAUCAGUCCAGAUAUUAUUUCUAACAAGCCUUGGAACUUGUAGGGAAUGUAUAAUAGUGCCCUAUAUAGGGCAGAAACCCCAUAUAUAAUCCACAUUUGGUUUAAUGGUUUCUUUCAAGUUCAGACUUUAUUCUGAAACACUUCAGUGCUUUUCCUGCAUGGCAGGGGGUUGGACUAGAUGGCCCAUGUCGUCUCUUCCAAUUCUAUGAUUCUAUGAGUGUUGCUCCUAGUAACCUAUCACUUAUUACAAUGUACUUUUUAUAUAGUACUCUGAACCCCUGAGUAAUUUUGCAUUCCAAAGGCAAAGUCUUAUAAUUGUAUUCUCUUUUCAGAUGAUGUGCUCUUGAACACUUUCCCCCUUAAUCUUUCAUAUUUCUUUAUCUUACAUAUUAAAAAUGGCCACACUGAUAUCAAUAGUAAAAUAAAAUAUUCAAGGUUUCUCCUAAAGUAAAUAAAAUAUUAAAUCUAAAAAAAGUUAGAAUAUCUUCUUUGCUGAGAUAUCGAACAUUGUUAGCAACUUAUAUUAUGAAAACUAACUUGGGUUGCAUAUUUGUUCAGUGAUUAGAUAAUGUGCCUUUAAAAACAUAUUAUACUUAUUUUUAUGAUUGUCGAAACAGGGGUAAUUCUGCUGUCAAAUUUGUUGUAUUGAAUAAUUGAAUAAUGUGAAAUAGGUAGUUUUUCAUAAAGCCCUUCCAGGUCUUGCUUUGCACAAGUACAGUAGUUAGUAUUUAUUGAUAUAACUAAACAAAAAUUAAGGGCACUUUAUAUUUAACAAAAUGUUUCAUUUUACAAUUGUCUUCUAAAUAUUUUGUUAAGUCUGUACUUAUACCUUUUUUACAGAAGUAUCUGUCAGAGACCAAGGCAGCAAGUAUUCGUUAUCAAUGAAGAACACAGAUUUUUAAAACAGAGCUCUUUCAAAAUCUGUAGAAUUGUAUUUUUAUAUAAGAUCUCAUUUUUGAGUUUGCUUAUCUAGUUUUUAUUUGGCUUUUGCUUUCUGUAAUCUUAAUUGCCCCUAAAUUGUGUUUUUACAUAUAUAGCAAGAGACCAAAACACAUUGGAAAGAAAAUGCAGUCUUGAAGAGACUAGUGAAUAAAUUGUGAUGACUAUGUUGGGAUUUUUAUUUAUUUUGUUGAGUCAGAGUGAUACAAUCAAGUGUUAGCAUAUAACAAAGGAUGUUUCUAGAGUCCACACUAUGUUUUCAUUAACCUCAUUGUGUUUUACACAAUGUGACAAAUCAGGUAAAAACUGUUAAGCAUAAUCUUUUUUCUGGUGCUUUUGAAUUCUCUCGCAUAGGCACAAUGAAGGCUGAAAGAAGUGAUGUAUAUAAUAACAUUAAACAUCUUAUUGAAAUUUU